GCAGGCGCACCGCUGCCUGGAAGGCAUGCACUACAGCCGGAAGUGCGGUGAAGACAUGGCCUCCCCGCCGGAGAUGAGCCUAGAGGACGAGGCCUCUCAGAGCCCGGGAGUCCUGGAGCUCCGCGGAGAAGGGCCUGAUAUGAAGCCAAGGUCCACCUGCCUGGUUGAAGCUGGACAGGAAGAUGGGAAGAAAUUCCCUGAGCAGGGAGCACCAGAAGGAGAAGGAGACUGUGUAAUGGGCCUGGGAGCUCCUGGCCCCAAGAAGGAAGACAAGGAGACCCUGGAGGACAGUGAUGUGACCUCCCUGGUUGUACCAGGAGAUGUGUGGGAGGAAGACAGAGAGGAGGACCUGCUCCCUGAGCGGGCGGCAGCAGCGGGAGAAGGCCGCUGCCCCAAGAAGGAGGACGAGCAGCAGGAGGGCAGAGGCAGUGAGCAGGAGCCUGGGCAGGAGCAGCUGGAGGGGCCCUGCCUCUUGUGCGAUGUGCUCUGCAGGUUGCAGCUGCAGCAGGUGGAGCGCAUUUUCCAGCGCACUCAAUACCCAGAUGUGUUUGCAAGAAAGGAGGUUUCCAUACCCACGUGUGUCACUGACGCCACGGUGAAGCCCAGGGACCCCGAAAACGAUUCGCCGUGAAAGCCUCUCUAGAACCUGCUUCAACCUGGCCUCGCUGUUCUCCUAGGCAGUUUUGGGCUGCUGCGUUUGCACUGCCUUUUAGCGUGUUUGUGAGGAAAGGUUUGAAUUGGGGCUGUUGUCAGAGAAUGGCACAAGUGAAUGUCACGAUGUGGAAAUUUGUCGUUACCAAGAGGGACAAGUCUCACUAAUGGAAAAGAAAUGAAAGGACCCAAUUGCUGCUCCGAACCCUUUGAACAAGUAAAGUAGAAAUACAAGUCAGCUCCUCGUAAUGGUGGUGUCUUUAGGGAGCACGUGUGUGGGGAGUCAUGCUGGGUUCAGUCUGACCUGGGAAGCAAGCAGAGUCAUGACCGAGGACCGAGGCUGUGAGAGGGUUCGGCCCUUGAAUGAUUAAAACUAUUCAGCCGUGUGAGGAUGCAGCUAGGGCAGUGAGCU